AUGGUACGGGUAGUAAGGGACGGCGCCCGAUUUGCUCAAGAACAACAGGCAGAAAUCAUCACCACGCGCAACCAGCGAGAGUCGGCCUUUCUGCGUCUCCCUGGCGACAUUCGCAACCAAAUCUAUGCCUAUGCGUUUCGCGACACCACAAUUCCCAAGUUCUCAGAGAUGUACAAGAGCCAUCUUGAUCGCCGCCUACCCCUCCCUGCGGAUCUGCGGAUCUGCGGCUCCUCGCUGUCAGCCGCCAGAUCCAUGCCGAGACACGCCUCCUACCUUUCAAGCUCUACGCUUUCCAGAUUCCGCCCGAGGAUACCAUGGCGUUCCUGA